GCAGCUCCCGGCACUUCGCACUCGGCGGCGAUCUGCUCCAGUCUCGCAGCGCCAAUGGCAUCUCCCGGUUCCGGCUUUUGGUCUUUCGGGUCUGAAGAUGGCUCCGGGAAUCCCGAGAACCCCGGCACAGCCAGAGCCUGGUGUCAAGUGGCCCAGAAGUUCACCGGCGGCAUCGGGAACAAGCUGUGCGCCCUGCUCUACGGAGACGCCGAGAAGCCGGCGGAGAGCGGCGGGAGCGAGCCCCCGCGGCCCACCCCCCGGAAGGCCGCCUGUGCCUGUAACCAGAAGCCCUGCAGCUGUCCCCAAACGGACCUCAACUAUGCGUUUCUGCACGCGACAGAUCUGCUGCCAGCGUGUGAUGGAGAAAGACCCACCUUGGCGUUUCUGCAGGAUGUUAUGGAUAUUUUGCUUCAGUAUGUGGUGAAAAGUUUUGAUAGAUCAACCAAAGUGAUUGAUUUUCAUUACCCUAAUGAGCUUCUUCAAGAGUAUAAUUGGGAAUUGGCAGACCAACCACAAAAUUUGGAGGAAAUUCUGACGCAUUGCCAAACAACUCUAAAAUAUGCAAUUAAAACAGGGCAUCCCAGAUAUUUUAAUCAACUCUCCACUGGACUGGAUAUGGUUGGAUUAGCAGCAGACUGGCUGACAUCAACAGCAAACACUAACAUGUUCACCUAUGAAAUUGCUCCAGUAUUUGUGCUUUUGGAAUAUGUCACACUAAAGAAAAUGAGAGAAAUCAUUGGCUGGCCAGGGGGCUCUGGCGAUGGGAUAUUUUCUCCUGGUGGCGCGAUAUCUAACAUGUAUGCCAUGCUGAUUGCACGUUUUAAGAUGUUCCCAGAAGUCAAGGAGAAAGGAAUGGCUGCUGUUCCCAGGCUCAUUGCCUUCACAUCUGAGCAUAGUCAUUUUUCCCUCAAGAAGGGAGCUGCAGCCCUGGGCAUUGGAACAGACAGCGUGAUUCUAAUUAAAUGUGAUGAGAGGGGAAAAAUGAUCCCAUCUGAUCUUGAAAGAAGGAUCCUUGAAGUCAAACAAAAAGGAUUCGUUCCUUUCCUUGUGAGCGCCACGGCUGGGACCACCGUGUAUGGAGCGUUCGAUCCCCUCUUAGCUGUCUCCGACAUUUGCAAGAAGUAUAAGAUCUGGAUGCACGUGGAUGCUGCUUGGGGUGGGGGAUUGCUGAUGUCCCGGAAACACAAGUGGAAACUGAGUGGCGUGGAGAGGGCCAACUCUGUGACAUGGAAUCCACACAAGAUGAUGGGCGUCCCUUUGCAGUGCUCUGCUCUCCUGGUUAGGGAAGAGGGGUUGAUGCAGAGCUGCAACCAGAUGCACGCCUCCUACCUCUUCCAGCAAGAUAAACACUACGACCUGUCCUACGACACUGGAGACAAGGCCUUGCAGUGUGGACGCCACGUCGACGUCUUUAAGUUGUGGCUGAUGUGGAGAGCAAAGGGAACAACUGGGUUUGAAGCACAUAUUGACAAGUGUUUGGAGCUGGCAGAGUAUUUAUACAAUAUCAUAAAAAACCGAGAAGGAUAUGAAAUGGUAUAUGAUGGAAAGCCUCAGCAUACAAACGUCUGCUUCUGGUACAUCCCUCCAAGUCUGCGUGUCCUGGAAGACAAGGAAGAGAGAAUGAACCGCCUCUCUAAGGUGGCUCCAGUGAUUAAAGCCAGAAUGAUGGAGUAUGGGACCACAAUGGUCAGCUACCAGCCCUUGGGAGACAAGGUCAAUUUCUUCCGCAUGGUCAUUUCUAAUCCCGCAGCAACUCACCAAGACAUUGACUUCCUGAUUGAAGAAAUAGAACGCCUUGGACAAGAUUUAUAAUAAACUAGCUCACUAAGCUGUUUCAAUUCUCUAGGUAGACAAUUAAGUUGUCACAAACUGUGUGAAUGUAUUUGUAGUCUGUUCCAAAGUAAAUCUAUUUCUAUAUUGUGGUGUCAAAGUAGAGUGCAGAUUAAAAAUCAAAAACAAAAAACAAAAAAACAUCGCUCCUUUUAAAAAUUAUUUCUGAAGUUUAGAAUACCUCUCUAGUAAUUAGUGACAAAGGCUGUGUUUAAUCAGUAAGGAAAAGCUUAAAAUUGUUAUAAAUACUUCCCUUACUUUUAAUAUAGUAUGCAAAUCAAAUUUUAUUUUCACUUCAGAGUAGUAGGAUUGAAUAGAGCCAAAUUGCCCCCCCGAAUCAUCAGGUUCUUUGGGGUACAAUGAAAAGGACAAAGUAAAUAUAAAAUGUAUGUUGACAAUAAAAAUUCUUGCCUUUUUCAUAGUAUUAGAAAAAAAUUUCUAAUUUACCUAUAGCAACAUUUCAAAUGUAUUUAAAUACAUAUAAUUUUACAAAAGGAAAAUAUAUAUAUUAAAAAGAAAUCCUAUUUUGUAACAUAUAGAUUUUUAUUUUAUAUGGGUUAUACAAACUGCAGGGGCAGAUAUAAAAACUAAGCCAGGUUUGUUUGUUUGGUUUUUUUCCCCUUUUUCCUUUAAUGGAAGCACAAUAAAACACUUAGAAAAGUUAUUUUAAAACAUAGGCCCACAAUAUUCGUCAAAAGGUAUGAUGCCUUCUUUCUAUUCAUGUAAUGGCUUAUGACAUCUCUAAAGUCCGUAUUAGAGAAGAAACUCAAAAGAAUAGCUUAAGCUCCUUAAUACAAUUGAUCAGACCAACAGUAAGAUACUCUUCCCAUUUGAAAAUAUUUUCCACCAGUCGACCCUUUGCAGACCUGCUCAGUAAGCAUGAUGAGCCAAGCUUCACCUUAGACUAGGUUAGGGUAAUCCUCUCUAUUCUACUUUCCAGUUCAGCCUGUUUUGAACCGAAGUUUGAUGCUAGUUUUUGAGGCAUCUUCCCAAAGAGUAUUCUUUUAUUAGGUCAUUUGGAUUAAUUAGAGAAAAUAAAAAUAAAAUCUAAUCAGCCCAAGCAAAGAGAAACAACGCACACUCCAGAAUGUGGUGAGCCCAGAAAAUUAAAGUCAGCCUUGGGAGAGGAGGUCUCUGUGUGAGAAUAAUGGUAUGAGACUGCCACUGUCCAGGAAGGAGUCAUUUACCACCUGGGUAAUUGCUUAGUCCCAUGUCCUCCCAUUCUUCCCGGCUCCCCUGCUAGACUUCCCAUCAUUGCGAUCCCAAACAAUUGAUUUCUACUCCGUGGCUGGUUAUUUUUUCUCACAAAAAGCACUCCUCACCCAGGAUUUUGAGACAGCAUCUUAAGACCUUCUUUUCUCUAUCUUCCAUUAAAACCCAAAGUGACCAGAGUAUGCAGAGAUAAUAAUAUCCUUAGAGUUCAAAAUAAUAUUUUUAAAGCAUCCUCUACCCCUGCAAGCCUGAGGGAGAGACAUGAGCUAACAAGAGCUCCCACAGAUAUUUGUGGGGCUGCUGAUUCUCAGAUGCUGAGCACUAGUAGGAGGGGCUGCAGACACAGUUACAGAAGCAGUUCCCCUUUCUGUGUGGACCAGAGAUCAUUUUUACUAGCAGACUGUUUUCCCCACCCCUUGCUCCUUCCAGGUCCUUCACCAAGUUUGCUGGGAGCCUUGCUCAACCAUGUGCAGUGAAAUUCCUACCAACCAUAGGCCAGGGAAGGUGGUAAAUAAAAUCCUAAUAGGUCCCAAUAGUUUAAUAAACAUUCUUUAAAGUAGGUCUGUAAUCCACUCAGGAGGGAGAGACUGAGGGAGGGAGAUUAUUUUGAACAUUAGCCAAAAUUCCCAAUGUCAAAGGCUUUGGGCCUUUGUGGGACCAUCCUUUACAAGUUUUAGAAAAGUUUGGUUGUAGCUUUAAUCAGAAUUGACAUGAUCAUUUUCAUUUAUAUAGCAAUAUUGUGUUUAUUAUUUUAAAAUACUUGAAAAAAGGUGUGGUAUGUCUUAAUCUGAGACAUGUAAAUGGUAUCAACUCCAUGUACAGUCGCAAGGCUGUGAGGAAAGAAAGGGAAAUCAGUUGUGUGUGUAGCUGUGUUGCCUUUAUUGUAUUGAUAGUAUUGUCUUGUCACCUCAGAUCAUGGUUGUGUGCUUUAGAUCUGAACUGUACAGUGUUGCAAAUUAACGUGUUGCUGUAAAAGCUUGUACAAUAUAUUAUCAAUGUCCUUUUCCGUGUGGUAGCUGUACUGAUAUUCUGAGAACUACAUUCGCAUCUGUUGCUGUAACCCCUCUCUCCCCCUCUCUGCUAAACUGUGUGCCCUCUGCACCAGCUCUAAUACAGAACAUGCCCUUGGCUAAGGUCCCCACUGACGAAUCUCCUUCGAGAAUUGUGUGAUUUCACGAAAUGCAAAGUGAUCGCUACUUUGUCUCUGAGAACAGAAGAAACCAAUGAUGAAAUGUCACCGACUGCCAAAAUUGCAGGUAUUGUCCCUACUGGGGUUUGGAGUAGGUACGAAUACUCAGAAUAUUGGCAAAGGAAGCACAGGUGUAAAUACGGUGCAGGGCAAGGAACCGCGGACCCUCCCCGUGGGGAUGAGCGUGCACGUGCUCUCCUGUUCUCCAAUGCUAAGUGCAAACACUGCGUAUUUAUUAGUUCCGUGUGCCAAAAUACUGUUCCCAAUCGGCGUUUCUGAAAGACAUCACCACCUCCCCAACAUUAUUCCAUUACUAAAGACAGAAAAAAAUGAAAAAUAUAAACAUGUGGCAACCUGUUCUUCUUACCAAAUAUAAACUUGUGUAUGAUCAAUGUAUUUUAUCUGUGUUGUCUCUCAAA